AUGGAUGGUGUUCAGAAGCCAGAAGUUCCAGGACCACAAGAAAUAGCUACGCACCCCAGUGGGUGGCACCCCCAGCCGCCCAACCACGUCGGAUGUCGCGACAGCAGACCUCUAUGGACAGACUACUGGCAGCGGUUCAACACCAUCACUAUUCCGCUGCUUGAUGAGGAUGCAUUCUUUUCUGACCCCCUCGCCGCCGCCAAAGUGGCCCGGAACCGCGAACAUCUCGAACUCCUCGAGGAGAAAUCCAAGGAGCGCGGCGCCGAACUCGAGAAAGUCCUCGACGAGAUCCCCUACGCGGUCAUAUAUGACAAGAAUCCCUCUUCGCCAAAGCCUGCGUGGGACGCUGUGAGGAAAGUCGGCCGCUCCGGGAGCCUGGACAGCUUUAUCCGGUUGGCCAGUGGCAUCGAGAUGCCCCACCUGUAUUCGCCCUAUCCGACGGUUUCCGACGAUUGGGACCUCCUGGAUCAUGGGGUCACCGAAGAAUCGGCCUCGCCGGGACGACCGCAGCUGCCACCACCGAGUCCACAGCCGACUUGUGGCACGACGGCGCGAAUUAAAGAUGGCAAGACCUCUAAUGGCGUUGCGCAGGGUGCCCCGGAGGUGUCGCCCAAAUCGCCGACCGCUUCGUUCAAGACAGAACCGGUCGCGAGCCCAGCACCAUUGUCGUCGGCCAACGACUCUCCAACAGACCCUGCCUUGCCACCAUCUCCCAGCGACGCUGGCCCCUCCCUCACAGAGUCCCAAGCUACGCCCACAACCCCGCCGCCGGAACCCCCCAGCCCCCGAGAAGCCGACAUACAGCCACUACUGGCCAUAACGUCCUCGAGCCCUCGACAGGACGGGCGCCAAAAGCCAGUCGCCGAUACUUGUUGGGACAGUCCGGGUGGGGGGUCCAAGCCACGGGGAAAGAGGCGGUUGCACGAGCUGGAAGAGCCGGAUCUCGAAGAGGCGGCCUGUGGCAAACGGGCGAAGCGAGAAGUUGGGUGAAGAUCCGGCUCGAGAGCAGCAGUCUAGGACAUUGAACGCACGGUCUCCACUACUUCCGACAGAUUUGACUAGAAGUUCUCCUCCCGUAUUCUCUCAACGGACCUCUCCUCAUCCACCCUCGGCUGCCGCGGCCUCCGUCUUAUCACAAAAUCUCGCCCCAAACCCCCCGCCUGCCCCUCCAGCC